AUGGAGAAGAGAAACACCACCUCUGACUUCAUUCUCCUAGGACUCUUUGAGCACACAAGACUACAUCUUUUUCUCUUCACAGUGGUGAUGGCAAUAGCCAUCACUUCACUCGUGGGCAAUGCCCUCAUGAUUCUCCUGAUUCAACAGGAUCUCCGGCUCCACACACCCAUGUACUUCUUCCUGAGCCAACUGUCCCUCAUGGACAUAAUGAUGGUUUCCACCACUGUGCCUAAAAUGGCUGCUGACUACCUGACUGGAAUCAAGUCCAUCUCCCCUGCUGGCUGUGGUUUGCAGAUCUUCUUUAUUCCAACUCUGGGUGGUGGAGAGUGCUUCCUCUUAGCAGCCAUGUCCUAUGACCGCUAUGUGGCUGUAUGCCACCCACUGCACUAUCCCAUGCUCAUGAACUGGCCACUGUGUCUGAGGAUGACCAUGGGGUCCUGGUUCCUUGGAGCAGCUGAUGGGCUGAUGCAGGCCAUUGUUGCCCUGAGCUUCCCAUUUUGCAGUGGGCGUGAGAUAGACCAUUUCUUCUGUGAGGCCCCCACACUGCUGCGUUUGGCUUGUGCUGACACAUCUGUCUUUGAGGAUGUCAUGUACAUCUGCUGUGUGUUGAUGCUUCUUGUGCCCAUCUGCCUCAUCCUGACAUCCUACAGUCUCAUCCUGGUUGCUGUCCUCCACAUGCGCUCCACAGAAGCCCGCAAGAAGGCAUUUGCCACCUGCUCCUCACACUUGGCUGUUGUGGGGCUCUUUUAUGGAGCUGCCAUUUUUAUCUACAUGAGACCCAAAUCCUACAGAUCAGCUAACCAUGAUAAGGUGCUGUCAGCCUUCUACACCAUCUUCACCCCAAUGCUGAAUCCUGUCAUCUACAGCCUAAGGAACAGCGAGGUCAAGGGAAGCUUGAAAAUGUGGCUGGGAAAAUGUGCAAAUAUUAAACACCACCAACCUUAG